UCACGAUGUCAUCGAUAAGGUUCACUUCACCUGCAUGCCCAGCCAAUGAGCCAGCAAUCGCGUUGUUCCUGCUGCCGCGAAGAGCUGCAGGUGUAAGACUGCCACGUGUCCUCUCGCCUCCACAUUACAAAACGGCCGCCAGGGAGCAACGAGCUUUGUGAGACUGUGAGCUAACUCCUGCAGCUAGCUGAAGAAGAAGAAGAAGAAGAAACCAGCGGCCAAGUACGUCGUCGUCGGCCAUGAUGUCCACCACCACCACCAGCAGCGCGGCGGGGUCGCCGGUGUGCGCUCGUCGGCGGCAACGCGUGUUCGUCGACGUGCCGAGGCGCCGGGCGACGUCGUUGGCCAGGGUCGAGUACGCGAAGAUGGCGCCGCCGCCGCCGCCGCCGUGCUCCGUGCGCGCCGCGGGCUCCAAUCCAAUUGGCUGCCUCGAGGUAGCAGAGCCGUGGAGCGGCGCCGCGCCGCCCCCGCUGCCGCCGCUGCCGGGCCAUCUGCAUGUCGCGGCGCCGGCGGCGGAGGACGACGACGACGCGCUCGCCGCCGCCGCCGCCGCCGUGCCGUCCGAGCAGAGGGUGCACGACGUCGUUCUGAAGCAAGCGGCGCUCGCCGCGGCAGCGCCCGAGAUGCGGAGGCCGGCGCAGUUGGCCGAGAGGGAGCGCGUCGCCGGCGGCCUGAACGCCGCCUUCGAUCGCUGCGGCGAGGUCUGCAAGGAGUACGCCAAGACAUUCUACCUCGCGACGCAGCUGAUGACGCCGGAGAGGAGGAGGGCAAUCUGGGCGAUAUACGUGUGGUGCAGGCGAACGGACGAGCUGGUGGAUGGGCCCAACGCGUCGCACAUGUCGGCGCUGGCUCUCGACCGGUGGGAGUCGCGGCUGGACGACAUCUUCGCCGGCCGCCCCUACGACAUGCUCGACGCCGCCCUCUCCCACACCGUCGCCACCUUCCCCGUCGACAUCCAGCCGUUCAGGGACAUGAUCGAGGGGAUGCGAUUGGACCUAACGAAGUCGAGGUACAGGAGCUUCGACGAGCUCUACCUCUACUGCUACUACGUCGCCGGAACGGUCGGGCUCAUGACGGUGCCGGUCAUGGGCAUCUCGCCGGACUCGAGGGCCAACACCGAGACCGUCUACAAGGGGGCACUGGCUCUCGGCCUCGCCAACCAGCUCACCAACAUUCUCAGGGACGUCGGCGAGGAUGCAAGAAGAGGCAGGAUCUAUCUCCCAAUGGACGAGCUCGAGAUGGCCGGACUCUCUGAAGAUGACAUCUUCGACGGCCGCGUCACGGACAGAUGGAGAUGUUUUAUGAGGGAUCAGAUCACGAGAGCGAGGGCGUUUUUCAGACAGGCCGAAGAAGGCGCCAGCGAGCUCAAUCAGGAGAGCCGAUGGCCGGUUUGGGCUUCUCUACUUCUGUACCGACAAAUCCUUGACGAGAUCGAGGCCAACGAUUACAACAACUUCACCAAGAGGGCCUACGUCCCAAAGGCAAAGAAGAUUGUGGCUCUGCCUAAAGCUUACUACAGAUCACUCAUGCUCCCCUCUUCAGUGAGGCACUGCUCUAGCCUAACAUCAUCAUGAUCAGCUUGUGGUAUUGUUGUUACAAUUUAUCUUGUAUUCAAGUCUUGCAAUGUACAAAGUAUUGCAGUAUCUGCAAAUAUAUGUACACUUUAACAUUGUGUAUAUAUAGGGAAGUUUCUAUGAAACAGAGUAGUGUAUAUAUGACCAUAUUUCAUAGGUCAUACUACUCUUGCAUAAUGCUGUCAGCUUAUCACUCAUUGCUUCAGUCAAUCAGCUAGGUUGUGAAAGUACCUAACUAUCUAUAUGAAAUAUUAGUCUUAUCAGCAUGGAUGUAAGAUGGGUAUGUACCCCCACAAAGAUUUCCAAUCUAUUAGUCAAAAACAGCAACGUUUUUUUUAUA